AUGGCUCCGCCUCCGGAGGUUUAUUUCCCGUCGUUAGACAGUUGUUUGUCUACUGACACCCAGCUCAUAUCAUGGCGAUCGGCUUAUUUACGCCUAACGAGCUCAGAUGCUGAACUACAGGAAUGCGACAGUCUAUUUUCUUUCCUAUCAUGCCCGGAAAGCAUUCGCAUACUAUCCGCUCCCUUCGACUCGUUCCUUCGACCCUCCGAACAAACUAAGUCUGCUUUUGAGUCCAAAACAGCGGCUAUUAACGCUGUUUCGGGCUCUCAGUCUCCAUGUAACUUUGACGAGAUCAAAAAAGACGCGUUAUGGUUAAGCAAAACAGCUUCAAUAGAUGAAGUAUCAGCAUUGAGGAUCACUGUCCUUAAUUGGCAAGGUCGCGCGGAAAACGAUUUGUUGAAUCAGUUUUCGAACGAAGAGAUUGCAAGUCUUCGGGAUGCGAUUGGGAAUAAACAAUUGUCGCAGCCGACUUCUGGUAUUGAAGCUGUUGAGCUUCUGAAAGGAACGGCGCGUGAUGCUUCAUCCUUCUCUCCGCUUUCGCAAGAUGAAAGGCAACUGGAACUCUUUCAGUUAUAUUUGUCAGAAAAGCAGUGGAUCAUCAAAUUGGCUCUAUAUCUCCUAUGUGUGUCUUUACGAGAGGACUUACCCAGCUCAUAUACAGGGUCCUGGCCAGGACCUAAAGAAUCGCAGGCCCGGAAACACUCGAAAAGAGAUCAACUUGCUACUCUAGCUUUUCCUAAGCAGCGCGAAGAUGACUCAGGCACCCAUGGCACCUCUAUUCGAGCAUGUAUAGAUGCUAUUCAACUACGCUUAAGUAAUAUAGAUGCUGGCACCGACUGGCUUUCUCAAGAAGCUGAAUACACAAGACAGCUAAGUAUUACAGAAGAAGUCGUGCACAUUAUGCAGAUUUUAUUUCUUAGAAUCCAGACAUCCAACAAGAUUCCAACGUCCGAAUUACUACUUCUGUGGUUGCGCGUUACUAUUAAAUAUGACUUCUUCGAUCAACAUCGACCGUCCACCGAGCAAGAGUUAGUGCUAUUCAACUCAUUACAAGCUCUCACAUCCAUCAUCACACUCUCAUUUCUAAAAUUACGAACAGCCACGACUCUGUUUGAAACCGCUUCUAAACAACCUUCCAACGUUUCCGAUGUGUGGGGCAACAUACCGCCCUCUUUUUUAUCUCGUCAGGAUAUCGGCGAACUCAACGAAAUAUUCCUCAAAGCAGCUGAUUCCGAAAAAUUGAAUGCAAGUCCAGCUAUGUUUGCGUGGGGCAUUAUCAUGUUUUCAGUCCGUGAGAUUGCUUUGGCAACCCGAGAAGAUCGCGAGCUCCGGCAAGCCCAAAAUGCAGUGGACGCAUACAAUGGAUCAACGCCUUCUGCAUUUGGUUCUGGUAAUGCUGAUCCAUCCAUUUACGAAGAUGCGUAUGAGAAAGCAAGAAACCCUGCGUUCGAUGACGAUUUCGUAAAAUUUAUCAUCUCGAUUGCUGUUGACAGAUGUCGUGUUUUUGAUGUCAUGUCUAGCAUUAUGCAGCAUCUCGAUUGCAUUUCUGGCUUGGGCCACGGUAGCCUCGUUGCUCAGUGGGCUCGCAUCGAGAUACUGGAUCUAGUUCGGGCUAGUCUUGAAUUUUUAGAUUAUAUCCCAGAGUUGCUGUCGACACUUUUGCAAAUCCUUGCCGUACCAAACGAAGAGUGGAAUCGGGGAGCCAUCUUUCCAAUUAUCAAUCGCAAUAAAGUCAAAGAUGUCUUUCUUCGCGAUGAGACGCUGAUGAGCAAAAUCUUUAAAAUAGCAAAAUCCCGAUUCCCGUACGAAGCGAUAAACUUUCUUAAGCUCUGCAGGUCAUUAUUGGAUUGCGAUUUAAGCACUGAUGAUGGUUAUCCAAUAGUAUUUCCAGAACUAGAGACCAUGGAAACUUAUACCCAAAUGAUUUCCCCGGGAUUCCAGGGCUAUCAAUCUACCCGUGAAGACGAAAAUGCAAACUUUGUGUCUCUCAUCCAGCCUUUGGAAAUGAGAGAAGUUUCUUCAAGGAAGACUGCAAUCGAUCAACCGGGGACCGAAUUAAUUGUUAUCAAAGAGUCAUCUAUGCUACCUGCGAGUACUCUUGGGCAAGUAGUGAAUGAAACGAAACCAGCGAUAAUUAUGUGGCACCAUCAAUACAACUGUCUCGCAUUUCUCGGCAUGUGGUUAGAACAAGCAGCUUAUAACCGUGAAGCGGGGUUUGAACUAGAUGAUGGUACGGUGGCAGAGAUAAUUAGCUUGCUGGGUGACCUUGUGACUUCUGCUCAAUCAUUAGCAAAGAGCAAAGGUAUCGAAUCUUGCGCCAAAAAGAUCUUAGAGAUGACCAGCGAUGGUCUCAGUGUCCAAGGUGAUAUUAUAUCCGUCAUUUUUGAUAUAUUCGAACGAAAUUUACAAAAUGCAACCAACAAGACUACGAAUCAUGGGCUACAGACGUCAAUGUCCUGCCUCUCGUUUCUCAAUGCCCUUGUGCCUGUCAUCCCUGGGCGGGUCUGGCCAUUUCUUACACGAAGCAGUUUUAUAGCUAGUGGCAGUAAUGAGGGAGCUCUGCCAGCUAUUAUUUCCGCUAUUGAAGUGAAUUCAGGUAACUUUUCGUUUCUUCUGGAGGCGAUCCAAACCUUCAAGCUCGUUGUGGACGAUGCUUUGAAACAUGUAGCCGUGCGAAAAACAGCAGGCAAUGUUACAUCAAAGGCCUCCCAUGUUGCUGAGUACACUGCUGGUGCCCCAUCAUAUGUAAUGAGUGGUCUCCUUCAAUCAUUUGUUCGAAUUAUGAUUGAUGUAUACAACAGCAAUGCCAGUUGGCGAUAUAACGAUAUUCGCCAAUCACUACAACUGAACAUCUUACUUACUGAUACUUUCCAGGACAUACUAUAUUACACGUAUGGGGUAGACGAUGCCGAAAAUCUUGAUACGAAGCUCACGAGCGUUUUUGCACCUUCAGCGAAGUAUUUAUUAAGCAUGCUUCGUCCAUCUUCUACGGAAGGGAUUUUUUUCAAUCCAGUAUUACGACUGAUCCUCAGUGGUUAUCAAACCGCGCCCUCUGAAAACCUAUAUUUACGAUGGCUUCAACCUCGCUUGGUCACAUCGGUGCUGAGAUUAUCGAUGACGUUAAUUCAAGCUGGGUGGGUUCCAAAUUCCCAGAUGACGGUCUUGGAGACACAGCUAUUCAAUGCUUCACCUGUGUUAAUUCGACUAUAUGUUCUUCAUCCAACCUAUCAACUGCCGGUUGCAAAUUUGUUGGAAUUAUUAGUGGCUCAUGCGUCGACGGAUAGUGAACAUGAACCGCCAUCCUUGCUUGGACACCUUGGCGCGCAGUCUUCUUGUCGAUUCCUAGACAUUCUCUCAAAAUUCGAUCGUCCUUUCGAUAACAUUACUCUUACUACCAGCAUCUGGAGAUUUCUCACAACUAUCAUCAGCAAACGGCAACAAUGGCUUGCUGUUUUCUUAUUAACGGGCUCUUCGCCACGGGACGCUUUGAAAAAGGAAAAGUCCUCGAUGAAAUCGAAGGCAUUCUUACAAGCUGCCCUCGAUUUAGUAUCCUCCAUUGGCGAAAUACCCUCGCAUCUUGCAGCUUCUAUUUUGGACUUCAUUUCAAAGGCCCAGGAAAAUUGGCCCUGGACUACACCCCAGCUACGAGCACAUCCAGACUUGUUUCCAAAAUUGGUAAAUUUUGUUGCGGGCAUGACUAUGAAGAGACUUGCGCCUUAUGAACAAUGCCUCAAUACGAAAAUAGCUUCUCUGGUUGCGGACAUUUCUGCAAUAUAUUUGCAUGGAGCCAAAGAGCUUAGGGACCGUACCUUCUUCAAGACCCUGAUACCUCUUAUUUCUUGGUACUCCGAGAAUGCCGUGGAAGUGGACGGCUAUAACGCGUCGCUUCACGCAAAUCUUAAACGAAAUUUCGAAAUGAAAUAUCCCGGCUGCAGCUUAUUUGCUAUCAAGAAGACGUCGCUCGACCGUCCUUCAUUUGGAGCUGAUUUCUUUUACGACAUCGUGCUAGGAACGAAAAUAUUUGGGUAUGAGUUCGCGUGGGUUGGCAGCCGAAACCAAGGGUUUGUUGAUGAAGUGAAGAGGGCAAAUGAGAAUUUAUCGCUUGUACAGGCUCAAAUGGACCUCCUCCGCAGUUUCAAAUUUCUAGCAAUCGAACAUUGUGGAGACUUCAUGCCUGACCGCGGUGUUCAAAUGUCGAUGGUGUCAGUUGUUCGGCACUGCCUUACGGCGAAUUCACGGAGCGUCCCAAAUGAGAAUUUGUUCUGCAAGCUGCAUCAAAUCCGGGCAGAAUUUGCAUUAGCCCUGCUACAGAGAUUGGUCCAGAUCCAAUCCAAAGGGAAUGAAACGUUUAGCCUCCUCCAGGUUGCCUGGGACACUAUUCAAUUCAGACACUCGACUUACGAAACUGCACUCGCAAACGACGAUAGCGAGUAUUACGGAAUGCUACUAAAUAUUCUCUUCCUGACCUUGCAAUUCCAUGUUGUCGGCAGAACUCCGCCAAUUCCUGAUACGGUGACUGGAAAGCCGGAAGUCUCCGGGCACCUGGCAAUCGUUCUCGAUAUCGUGAAAGUGAUCAUUGCAGGAGGGUUCCGUUCUUUAACAACGUACCUGCAUGACGAACCACAAAAGGUUCUGCCAAAGGACUUUGCACUUUUGACUGCUAUUUUGCAAACAACGCUAAAAGUGAAGAACGUAGAUCGGAUCUACGAGCAGAUUACUUUUCAUCUUGCAAACUGUGAUACGAUUCGAUAUGCCUGCACCCUCUUUUCUUGGUCGUACAAACUUACAGUCGACGGCGACCCGCUGUACGGAGAGCUCAGCAUCCUGUACCUCCUUGAACUAUCAUGCAUCCCAAUGAUGGCUGAGCAGAUGGCAGUUGAGGGAAUUCUUGUAAAGCUGUCCACCUAUCGACUAACAGAUGUUCUUCGUCAACCUCAGGGCUGUGAUCCUUUCGACCAUACACCAAGAUUAUUUACAAUCUGGCAGGCUGGAAUCCUGCCUCUCUGUCUCAACCUACUGUAUCACGUUGGCCGAGCGGCGGCCGAAGUGUCUGCGUUCCUGAACCAGUUCGAAGGCCAGCUUCGAAGAGCCUCAGAUGCUUUCUCCAUCGGCCACCCUACCGCCGUAGGGAACACAUUUGUUCCAUCCAGCCCUCACCGUGGCAUUGGAUCCGCUCAGUCAGUCAAACACCUAUCACUCGGAAUAGCAACAGAGGCCUGCUCGUUAGGUCUUAUAUCGAUGAUUAUCCGCAAAUUCCGCAAGGCGGGCCCGAGCGCGGGCGUUGACGCCGAACGCAUCCAAGAAAUCCAGUGGGAUCAUGCACAGGUGAAAGAGGACAUCGAGAUUCUAUUGGAGAAGAAAUCCAUCCUCCGCUCUCGUAUUGCCCCCACAAACGAAAAGGAAAUGACGUGGUCGCAGACCAAGCCGUCGACUCCCACUGGCGGAGCGGGAAGUCUGCUGGAGGAGAAGAUUGUCCGUGAACUGCAGACGGCACUGUCAUGCAUUGCGGGGGGCGAAGAUGAUUAG